AUGAGUUUAAUGAAAAAAAGAAUAAAAGAAACAAUGGCUAAACCAUUAAUUGGUACAUCAUUACAAGAUAUGGUAAAAGGACUUAGAUCAAAUGCAGGAAAUGAACAAGCAUUUAUUAAUCAAACGAUUGCAGAUAUUAAGAAAGACAUAGUAACAUCAGAUAUGAAGAGGAAAGCUAUUUGUAUUCAAAAAUUAACAUAUCUUGAAAUGCUUGGACAAGAAACAAAUUGGUCAGGAUUUCAUAUCAUUGAACUUUCUGCUAAACAAUCUUUUUGGAUGAAACGAGUUGCUUAUCUUGCUGCACAAAUUUGUUUACAUGAAAGUGAUGAUGUUUUAAUGUUAAUUACUAAUCAAUUAAAGAAAGAUCUUCAAGGAACAGCAUAUGAAAGUUGUAAUGCAUGUGCAUGUUUUUCUGCUAUUGUUAAUGAAUCACUUGCUCGUGAUCUUGCAGCUGAAUUAGUAAAACUUCUUACAUCAGGAAAAGAUUUUUUAAGAAGAAGAGCAUGUUUAAUGAUGUAUCCAAUGUGUAAAGAAUAUCCAGAUGCUUUAAGACCAUCAUUUGCUAAAAUGAAAGAAAAAUUAAAAGAUAGUGAUCCUACAGUUGUUGCAGCAGCAUGUGUUUCAUUUGUUGAAUUAGUUAAACAUGAACCAAAACAAUAUAUUUCACUUGCACCAAUAUUAUAUGAAAUUAUUAAAGAACCAAUAAAUCAAAAUAAUGAUUUACUUAUGACAAAGGCUAUUAAAAUACUUGGAAUGCUUGCAUCAGUUGAAUUAAGAUUAGCUAAAAUUCUUGUAGAACCAUUUAACUCAUUAUUACAAAGUAAUAUUACAAGUCCUAUUUUAUUUGAAUUAAUUAAUGCAUGUAUUAUUGGAUUAAAUAAACAUAUUCCCACAAUGAAAACAUGUCUUGGAAAAAUUAAUAUGAUGAUUCAAGACAAUGAAGGAAAUAUAAGAUAUUGUGGAUUAAAACUUCUUGGAUUAAUGAUGACUAAACAUCCUAAAGCAGUAAUUGAAAGUAGAGAUACAGUAUUAGCAUGUUUAUCAGAUCCAGAUGAUUCAUUAAGAAGAACAGCACUUGAAUUAUUAAUUGGAAUGGUAACAAAAAAGAAUAUUUGUGAGACAGUAGAUAAAUUAUUAGUAAUUGUAGAAAAAUCAGAAAAUUCAUAUUAUAGAGAUGAAUUAUUCUUAAAAAUUAUUGAAAUUAUUAAGAAAGAUAAUUAUGAUAAUGUUACUGACUUUGAAUGGUAUUUAAAACUUUUAAGUAGAUUAUCAACUCAACAAUUAGAACAAUCUGUAUUUAAUGUUGUUUCUAAAGAAAUAUCAAAUAUUAUGGUAAGAGUACCAGACAUUAGAUUGUUUGGUAUAACACUUUUAAAAACUAUUAUUACUUCUCAUAAUUUCCUUCAAAUGGCAAGUGGUUCAAAUUUACUUGUUGAAUGUGCUUGGUGUGUUGGUGAAUAUAUUUAUUAUUUAACUAGUGAAGAAACGUUACAAAUGUUAAGACAUUUAAUUAAUGUUAAACAUACCUCAUUAAAUCCAGACGUUCAAGCUUCAUUCCUUGAAGCAGCAUUUAAAACAUUUAUAGAAGUUGUUGAUCCAAGAGACCCUGCUGAUAUAGAAGAAGCAGAUGAUGACGAUGAGGUUAUUUCAAUCCCUAAAACAAAAUUGUCCGACGAUGAUUUAACUAAUCUUCUUGCUGAAAUUGAUUCAACAUUAACUCCAUUUGCUCAAAGCACUCAUCUUGAAGUUCAAGAAAGAGCUUGUUUCAUGUUGGCUAUUGUAAGACAAUUUGAAAGUUUAAGAGAACAAGGAAUUGAUGUUAUUGAUGAAUUAAGAUAUUUAAAUGAUGAAAUUCUUCUCCCAGUUAAUCCAAAAGCACAAAGUUUAAUUGAAGUACCAGAAGAUCUUCAUUUAGAUGAUGUUAUCAAUCCUGAAUUUGAAGAAGCUGGUAAAGAAGAUACUCCAGAUGCAUAUUUAUUUGAUGAAUUAUCUGGAGAUAAAAAUGUUAAAGUUACAAAAUCAAAGUCAGAAAGAAAAGGAAAUGCCUUUUAUAUUGAUGAUGAUUAUGAUGAUGACUUAUUUGAGAAGGAUGAUGAUGAACCAAAAGAAACUGUUAAAGUUGAAAUGAAACCUGUUGAAAUGGAUACUUUUUCAAAUGGAGCAGAAGGAUUAACAGCAGAAGAAGAAUUAAGAAAAGCAUUUACUUUAAGUAAGAAAAAAGGAACAAAGAAAGGUUCUUCUAAAGGAAAGAAAGGCAAAGUAACAGGUGAAGUUAUGCCAGAAGUUAUUAACAAAAAAGAAAAAAUUGAAGAAAAAGAUAAAGAAAAAGAUAAACUUGCUCAAAUUGAUCUUGCUGCUCCUGUUAGUGAAAAAGAAUUAUUAGCAUUACCAAAACAUAGAUCUCAAAAAACUACAGUUGUUGAAGUUGCACAACAAAAUCUUCCAAGAAUGGAAGGUGGUAAAGACUUAUGUAAAAACAAAGCAUUUGGUGUAAAAUAUUUACUUAAAACUAAUAAGAAACAUCCAACUAAAGUUAUGAUUCAAUUAGAAAUUGAAAAUUUCUGUGAAUUUAAAGCAUCUGUUGCUGUUCUUAUUAAUCAAUCAACACUAUAUACUAUUGACUCUAUUAGUAGAACUACUCCUAUUCCUACUGGAGGUUAUAUCUUUGUCACUAUCAUCGCUGACUUAAAAAAGAUUAAUUCAGUUGUUUUGAAAGGUGCUAUUAAAUGUGCUGCUGCUCAAACAACAUCAAAUAUUGCAAUUAAAAUUCCAGCAUCUACAUUCAUUAUUGGUACUGAACUUUCUAAACCUGAACUUGCUCAAAUUAUUAAAACAAAGAAAAUGAUUUCUAUGGCUUAUUCUGUCUCUGAAGAUACAAAGUUUGAUGUUGUAGGAUUAUUUGAAAGUCUUCAACUCCUUGCAGUUAAAGGCUCAGCUAAUAAGAUUUGGUAUGGCAUAACUCUUAAAGGAGAUGACAUCGCUAUUUUACUUACAAACAAACAAGGUAAAAUCGGUUUUGACGUUAAAACUACUGACAAAAUUUGUGGAGAUGCUAUUUUGAAACAAAUCAAAGAAACACUCGGACAACAGUAA